AUGUCCGCCCAGUCCAAGGGGACCGCAUCCUCCUCCUCGUCGCCGUCCGAGGGGCCGCCGGCAGCCUCCAAAGCCAAGGUGAAGGAGCAGAUCAAGAUCAUCGUGGAGGAUUUGGAAUUAGUCCUGGGGGACCUGAAAGACGUGGCCAAGGAACUUAAGGAGGUGGUUGACCAGAUUGACACACUGACGUCUGACCUGCAGCUGGAGGAUGAGAUGACAGACAGUUCCAAAACAGACACACUCAACAGCAGCUCCAGCAGCACAACAGCUUCCAGCUUGGAGAAGGUCAAGGUGCGGGGCAGUGCACCACUCGUCAAGCCGCCUGCGCACCCCUCUGCUAUCCUCACUGUGCUGCGGAAGCCGAAUCCACCCCCGCCUCCACCGCGACUGACGCCUGUCAAGUGCGACGAGCCUCUGAGGCUGCCUCCUUCGGCCAACCCUGUCAAGACUAAUGGUACCCUGCUGCGAAAUGGGGCCUUGCCUGUUGGGCCCAACCGCAUCCCAAAUGGAGAUACAUGCUGUAUACCGAACAGUAAUUUGGAGAAAGCUGCGAUGCAGCCUCUGAUGCACAGAUCUGAGAAAGAGCGGUGUCCUCAGCCGGGAGCAAGGGAACGGGUACGAUUUAGUGAAAAAGUGCAGUACCACGGCUAUUGCCCCGACUGUGAUGUUCGGUAUAACAUUAAAAACAGGGAGGUGCACUUGCACGGUGAUCCUGCCCGUGUUGUGGAAAAGCUGCCGCACCAGUGCCCACCUCUGCCGCCUCCACCAUCUCCGCUGCCUCCAUUUCCUCUGGAAAAUGGAGGGUUGGGGAUAAGUCCCAGUAAUAGCUUUCCUCCUCCAAGACCUGCGACUGUGCCUCCACAAACCGCACCAAAACCCCAGAAGACCAUCUUGAGGAAAUCAACCACUACAACAGUGUGA